GCUGCCGCCGCCGGGCGGGCGCGCUCGGGCCGCGGGGACGGGCGGGUGCCGCCCGCACCCUGCGAGACCGAGAGGGGCGUGGGGCCGGAAUGGCUCCCCGGUGGGACAGACCCCGAGCUGGGUCACGGGCGCUGCCGCCUCGGCCGAGGGGCUCGAGCAGGAGCGUCUGUCGUGGGUGUUCGUGCGGUGCCUCCAUCGCUGCCGGGGCGCACGGACCGCCCCGCGCAUCCUUCCGCUGAAGCGAGCCGGAGCCGGGAACUGGCUCCGUCCUUCUGCACAGCCACAUCAGGAGUUUUCCCAGAAGUAGCCAGAAAGCUCCGGCAUUGCGGUGAGCUCCCAAUGCAAGAGCAGGGCUGCCGGGCUGCCGCCGCCGCGUAAAAUGCUAAAUCACGGCUCUGCGUAGUGGCCAUGACUGGUCCCUUGGCAGCCUCGCCCCCGGGCAGCCUCCCGAGCUCAGGGGAGGCAAGGCUGACGUGUGGUACUGUUGUACUGCACUGAGACGCGGUUCUUACAUGGUACCGCAAACUGCAAACGCGGCCGAACCUCCCCCCGUCCCGCCCGGUGCAACUCCCUGCCCGUUCUGGGCGCCUGAGCCGGGCGGCAGCUGCUGCGCCCCUGGGGCAAGGCAGGAGCCGUGUUUGCCAAAGCACAAUCGCCUUUUAGGGGAACCGAGCGCACUGGCAGCGGGGGCUCAGCAGCCCCGCCGGCCCCACCGCGCGGCACCAGCGUCUCCUGCUGUCCCCGAGCCCGGCCUUGGGGCAGGACCGGGCUGUCCCAGCGCAGACCCGCUGCCCGCAGUAUACACGAGAUGGCGUGCCAUCGGGAAUGACCGCGGCUCCCUCGGGGACCAGGCACAGACGGCCCUCGCCAGGGCAGGACUCACUGCUGGAAGCAUCGCCCAGCCGGAGGAAGGAGAGAGCACCAGGAGAAAGGGAGGAACAGCACCUCUGGUUCGACGGGCUUUCCAGAAGUGGAAGAAAGAUGUGAAGCCUUCAUGCAAGACCAGAAUUCCUCCCGCUGCUCAAAACUCUCUCAAACCACUUCUCUGUGGUGCUCCAGAGUUUGGGCUAGAAGCUCGUCAUCCAGAUCCUUGUGCAUCCCAGCAGUCUGGAGACUCUGAUCUCUGGCUGUGCCGUACGGAUACCACUGCUUUCAGCCCCAGCCAUUCUCCAGCAGCUCCAGGACACCUGGAAACCUGUGCAAACACUGAAGAACAGGUCUACACCUCCAUGGUCCCCAAAUAAAACAUUGUCAAGCAAGUGGGCAGCUGCAUUUGUAUUUCUGAACAGUCUUGGGGCAUAAACAGCAAGAGGAAUGUAAGACAGAAAUGCCAGCUGGCAGAGAGAAGGUCUUAAGUGAGGUCUGGUUCCCAGAGAAAACCCUAAAAACUCUUCUGGGGGCUCAGGAGACAGAAAUAAAAAGAGAAAUUCCUUUUGCCACUCAGUAAAAGAAAAAAUAACCACAACUUUAAAAAAAUAAGAGUUAAAAUAGAGAAUAACUAUAAGCAAAGGAUUAAAGAACAUUUCUCUCCCUCAUGUUUCCCCUCCCCACCACAAAAAAAAAAUUGUUGUGGUUGAGUUUUUUACAUUGCAAGAUUUCAAAUAAAGUUGACUUUUAAAUCUUGCCCUGACAUCUGGUUUGUAAUUAAUGGAGCAGUAAAUAGGAGGGAGACAGAAGCUGCCUCAGAAGCCUGUCCUUGAUGCAUGGCUCUCCAGCAGUAGAGCUGGAUGAGCGAUACCACCCCCAGGCUCCUCACUUAAACAAAAUCCAGGCUGGUUUUGGUGGCAACACAAACCAUUUCAUCUUCCCCUAGAACAGGGCUGCCAAUUAUCCUGCUGUGGUUGGGGAUUUGAUGCUGGUGACAGACAUUGAAGGAAAUAUCUGCAUUAUGAGGAUAUGGAUUGUCUAAUAUAACUGACCUUGCUAGUCUCUUAAUUGUGUUUUGUUUUA